AGCUCAACAAUGUGCUUGAAUUUAGCAGAUGAACACAGCUUUCCCUACCAAAGGGAAAGGUAAGUUGUUACAUGCUCCAGAUAUUUCAAGCAAGUCUGUGUGGUUUGUGUUUCCCAACCUUCAGGUCAAAGUACACCUCUGUAGGGAGCAGUGCUCAGAGUUCCUGUUUCCAAGCACUUUUUUUUUUUAAUUGUCUUCCCCUUUCUCCUGUGACGUGUCUCCUCGCACUGCUCAGCUCCAGGCAGCAGGAAAAGGACAGUCAUAAAUCCAGCACCGGCUCACCCAGCUCUGCUUCUCCUUCAGUUCUGAGAUGACGUCUUGGAAGGAGAAGAGUAUGAAUCCACCCCCGUGUUUCAUCCAGCGCCUGGACCACCUUGUGUUGACUGUUAAGAGUAUUGAGGACACUGUUGCCUUUUAUUCCAAAGUCCUGGGCAUGGAGGUGGUGACUUUCAAGGGAAAUUGCAAAGCUUUACGUUUUGGCAACCAGAAGUUUAACCUGCAUGAAGUUGGGAAGGAGUUUGAACCCAAAGCUCGAUGCCCAGUCCCUGGCUCUGCAGAUAUCUGCCUUAUCACAGAGGCAUCCCUGGACAGUCUCCUGGGUCAUCUGAAGGCUUGUGGAGUGAUAAUUGAAGAAGGACCCGUGGCCAGGACUGGUGCUGUGGGUCCAAUAACAUCUGUAUACUUCCGAGACCCUGAUGAGAAUCUGAUUGAAGUUUCUAGGUACAUCACAGAUAAGAGUGAAGCCAGUGGAGGGGAGCCCUAACCACGACCCAUUCUCUGCCUGUGUUGCAGUAGGAAGCCUGAUGCAAGUGUCAGCAUUAAUUUUGUAAACUUAGAACGAGGCUCAAAUCCCAGCUAGAGACAUAGAACUGCAUCAGAGCUCUCCCAAGACAAGAUUAGCUCUGGCUUGCUGAGAUCUUACCUCUGGAUAUGAAUCAUAGAAUCACAGAAUCAUAGAAUACUUGGAGUUGGAAGGGACCUCUGAAGGCCAUCUAGUCCAACUCCACAGCAAUGAACAGGUACACCACAGCUAGAUUACAUUGCCCAGUGCCUUACCCAGCCUCACUCUGAAAGUUUCUAGGCAUGGGGCAUCAACUAUAUCACUAGGAAACUUGUUCUAAUGCCUCACCACCCUCACUGAAAAAUCUUUUUUUCUUAUAUUUAACCUAAAUAUACCCUCCUACUUUUAUAAAUCAACAUCAAUUGAGAUUUCCUGUCUUUGUUAGAAGAUGUGUCCUGCUGAAACCUACUGCCUAUCUAGGAACUGGGAACUGGGCUCCAGUGUCUGACAUACAAAUUGCUCACAAGACUGAAGAUCUGUGUGUCAUACUCAACUCUGCAUUAAUACUUGAAAAGUGACAGAGUUUGUUAAUCUGGGAUGGGAGAAAUCAGCAGUGAGGUGGCUGCAUGGAGAGGAGGAUGUGUAACGCUAGAUAUCUCAUUGCUGACUUCUCCCAUCCCACAUGAACAGAAUCCUAUCACUUUUCAAGUCCCUGCAAAAUUCUAGCUGAGGGAGAAAGAGGGUGCUAAGGGGACAGUGGUAUCAGGCAAAGAAAUUCUAAAUUGGCUCCACUUUCAGCCCAGCCUAGUUGUCUAAGACUGUCACUAUGUAAGUUUCCUUCUUUCUUUAAUUCCUUCAAUUAUUGAAAAGCAUAAAAGAACAAAGAGGGGUUACUUGGGGAUUUUCAAGGAGAGCAGUUCCUCAGAUGGCCACACUGCGGUAGUAACGUUAUCAUCAAGGAAAUAGUGCUGGAAGACAGAGUGAGCUUUUCUGACCUCUACAGUCAAAAUCACCUCUAAAAUAGAAAUAAUCCGCGAAUUGAGCUUUAAAAAGAAAAAACAAAAAAACUUUCUGAUGGUAUAUCCUGUGAAGUCCAUGGUGGGAAAAAACCCAAAUCUUAAUAAAUGCAGUGCUUCCCAUUACCCAAAACUUGUGGCAGUGGCAGUGGCAGGAGAGAAAGCAGCUUGCAGUUCGGAUCAAACCACCUGUGGGAAUGAAAGAUAAGCUUUCCCAUGGGAUAUGGAAACUCACCCUUUGCUUUGCUCGUGGAGAGCAAAAGGGGGCCCUGGGGGUGGGGACAGCUGGGAACGGGGACCUCGGUCUGGGAGCCCCGGGGCCGCGGCCGCUCUCCAGGGUGCUGACGACUGCCAGGAAGCGUCGCUCCUACCGGCCCUGGCUUCCCAGCUUCUCCCUGCCCUGGCUCGUGUUCCAGCCCAGCCCAAUUCAUUUUGGGCCUGAGAUUGAGCAGUGAGUCCUCAGUGACUGCUUGCUAGCAGAUGACCUUCCUGGCUAUGUGCUGGAAGCGUUUAUUUCACUGAGCUUGCAACUGUGGAUAUGUUUGUGAAGAAAGGUCUCCUUACUUUUAUUUAAGUGUACUUUUUCUUGGAACAGCAAUAGAAGGAAGGGCAAAGGAUAUUUUCUUACUCAACUGAAAGAAGAAGUGUUGUGUCAUAUUAAUAACUGAAUUAUCCUCGGUGUCAAACAAACCUGCCCAUAGUAUCUACAGACCAAUUCCUCUCAGAUGGAAGACUGAUGACAAUCAGUGAUCUCUGCUUCAACUUCAGCUCAUCCCCUCCUAGCCUCUGCUAGCCUCUGUUGCUUUCCCCUUUUAUUUGAAAGCCAUUCUAUUGUAUGUGUUUGAAUUAAAACUGAAAGACUACAUAAUGCGGCAUUAGAUUUUUGUGCAAUAAUAAUAAUAAAAAGAAUUCACUUCA